AUGGACCGAAUUUUUCGGACGACAGGAGGGGUCACCUCCCUCGCCUGCGCUGCAGAUGGCGUCGUCGUGAACGGCUCCGAGGAAGGCACCCUCACUUUGUGGGAUGCGGAGAGAGGGCGACAGCUCGCAGUGCACAAGGCGCACACAGACGCGGUAUGCGCGAUCGGCGUGUCGCCCGACGGGCGUGCACUGCUGUCCGCAGGACGCGACAAGGUCGUGCACCUCUGGGACCUCAACCCGAAGUCCGAGGGCGGCGCGGUGGUGCGCGGGCAGCUGGAGGGCCACGAAGAUUUCGUGGUCGCGAUCGCGUGGACGCCGGACGGGCGCACGGUAGUGACGGGAGCGGUAGACUUAACCGCACGGCUGUGGGAUGUGAAGACGCGAGAGACGACGCAUGUUCUGCGGGGGCAUACCACGAUGAUCAUGUGGGUCGCGUUCUCGGCGGACGGGCAGCGUGUGGCGACGGCGGCCGCGGAUUCUACGUCGCGCGUGUGGGACGUGGCGAGCGGGGCGAAGCUGUCCGUGUUGCGGGGGCACGAAAGCGUGGUCUACAUGGUUGCAUUCUCGCCGGACGGGCGGCGGGUGGUGACGGGCGGGGACGACGGGACAGCGCGGGUAUGGCGCGCGGAGACGGGGGAGGAGCUCGUGACGCUGCGCGAGCACGCGGGCAUGUUGCAUCAUGCAGUGUUCUCGGAGGACGGGAAGCGGGUGCUGUCCGUCGGCUCGGAUGGGGUCGUGAAGGUGUGUGACUCGUUCGGCGCGGAGGUCCUGCGCAGCAUCGACGCGACUGCGGGUACGAACGACGGGCUGAACGCUGGUGUGGUCUCGCGGGACGGGAAGCUCGCGUGCACCGCGGCGAGCGACCACGUCGUUCACGUAUGGGACCUCGACACGGGCGCGGCUGUCGCCGCGUUCGAGGGCCAUGAGGACAGUGUGCAGGUGCUUAUCUUCUCGCCGGACGGGAAGCGCGUCGUCUCGUCCGGGGACGACGGGACGAUGCGUAUUUGGAACGUGGAGGAGAAGAUGGUCAAGGCCGAGUAG